AUGCGUUACGUCGCAGCUUACCUCCUCGCCGUCCUCGGUGGCAACGAAUCUCCCACGUCGAAGGACUUGAAGAAGAUCCUCGACAGCGUUGGCAUCGAGACAGAUGAUGAACGCAUGAACAAGGUCAUCAGUGAGCUGAAUGGGAAGAACAUUGAGGAUGUCAUUGCUCAGGGUAAUGGGAAGCUGGCCAGCAUGCCUGCUGGGGGAGCUGUAGCUGUGGCUGCUGGAGGAGGCUCUGCUGCUCCUGCUGCUGCUGCUGCCCCUGCUGCAGCUGAGGAGAAGAAGGAAGAGAAGAAGGAGGAGUCAGAGGAGUCAGAUGACGACAUGGGAUUCGGCCUCUUUGAUUAGUUGCUUGUUAGAGAAACCAUUAA